UCCAGACGUAGUUAAGUAACUCCUGAUCCUGAAUGAGAAUAUUCUCAUUUAUCCUACUGAUCCAUUGCAUAGAAGAUAAUAAACCGCGGGGUUACUGAUGUCUGGUGAAGAAGUUAAGAACCGGGGUACAGAUGGAUCGAUGUUAUGUCGGAAGAUUUGUAUGUGUGCAGGUGGAAGAGUUUUUAGAAAAAAAAAUACGAAGUUAUGAAAUGAAGGAAUGUUUUAAACUGUUCAUGAAAGAAGGGGAAAACUUAGUGGCCGGUAGUUAAACUAAAGAGGGAGAAAAGAGUGCAAAGUUAACUCUACUCGAUAGAUCGGAGCCUCGUACUCCUGCAUAUAUAAUAUAUAAUAGCCCAAGAAGACUGGAGGAUAGUGGAUAGUGGAUGCUGGAUGCUGGAUGCUGGAUGCUGGAUAGUGGAUGAAAUGAAAGCAGAUGAAAGAAUGAAUAGAGGAUAGGAGCGGUUCGGAGCGAGAUGAGAAGUGGAUAGGUGCGCACGCGAAACAAGGUCGGGGAAAGAGUACUGGAGCUUCGCUGAGAGGAAAAGUUGUUAUCACCGAGAUCUACCCACCUACUGCUGUCUGUUUUCAGUGUUUGUUGUUUCCAAUUUUUUAAACACUUCUGCCAACCAACACGUGGUGAUUUUACAAUAAAUGGUGACUUAUUAAGUUUGGAAAUUUACAUUCAUUAAUUAUAUCAAGCUUUCAUUGAGGAAUUACGUUUUAUCAACCAUCAGUGGAUCAUUGCUGCCUUCUUUCUCUGAAGGUGAGACAAAUUCAUGUGCUGACAGUGGAGUUUUGUUAUGUAUGUUGCAUUAGUUGUCGGUUGAUGGUGAACCUGAACGGUCGACGUGACAAUAAUUUUUGUUUUAUUGUAUUUUUGGUUGCUGUUUAAGUGAUUACAAUUGGAGGUUUUUUAGUAGAGGGAAGCUGGGAUCCAGCUGACAGGUGCGAGAGACUUGCCAGUGGUUUUGGAUGUUAGCAGGCGCGGGGGUGGCUAAAAAGGCCCCGCCGCCCGGCACGGGUCUCGAUGCCGGUCCCUAUAUCACAGACUUUUUCGCUAACCUCCAGCCUGGUACCCAAGGAGGAAUCAUCAAACAUGCCCUUCAUAGACGACGAAUUGCUAUGGUGCCCUGACAACGAUGGCAAAAUGGUUGAUUUAACUCAAUGUUUACAAGAAAAUAACCCAGCACAAUCAGUUGAAUUUUCAGCAAUGGAACUGAGUGCUUUCGUGGGUGCGCCAACAGCCUCCAGUGUGCCUUCAGAAGACGGGGAAGGUGUAUCAAAUGUUAGCGAGGAGCCAUUUGAUACCUUGGAUACAUUUUUACGAGAAUUGCAAGCCGAUUUGGCGGAAGCGAGCCAACCGACUUCAACAACCACACCGCUCAGUACAAUAACCCCGUGUAGGCGGCAGAGGUAUAACAUCGCCGCAGCGAAUCCUCUUCUAGCCGAAAAAUUAGCCGCUCCGUCUAUUCAAUUAUCACCAGUGUCUUCUACAUCCUACGCUGCACGAGCAGAGAUCAAGUCUGAAGAGAUCAUCACCGAGGGCAGCAAAGUGGAUACGAGGGAAAUACAAGCGCCACAUGACUCAGCGGACCCUGACGAGGCGAUGGCCCUCGCGACAGUUAAGGCCGAGCCAGGUAGCACUACAGGAACACGUUUGCUCCAUGGAAUUCUAUCACAGCAUCCUCCCCAGCACAAUCUUGGCAUGCCCAACGGAGGGUACAAUCGGCAUUUGACCAAUCACGUACAGCUCGGACAACCUCCUUACACCACCAAUGGAAUCGCCACCACAAAUACACCAGGAAGUGGAUCACUGCCAGCGAGUCCUGCAGACAGUGGAGUCAGUGACGUAGAGUCCAGCACAUCAUCCGGCGGGAAUGAAGACGCUAAUUUAUUGCUCAAAGCAAGACUUAACCCUAAUUCAUCUUUACAACAAAAUCUUGGUUCCCAUCACUCUCAUAUGCCCUCAGCGAUCGCCAGAUCGGCUUGCCAUAGCCCUGGAGUGUAUUCGAGCUCGACGGGAUUCUUGCCACCCUCUUACCACCCUCAUCAGCACCACACAUCCCAAUACCACCCUCAUCGAGGAAGCUCGCCUCACCACCCCCACGGUAACCACGGUAUGCCGUCAGCAAUGGGACCACCGCAUCACCAUCACCACCAUCAAACUCAGAGUCUUCAGCAUCUCCACUAUCGGCAGCCAUCGACGUUAACGGAGAGUUAUAACAGUUAUGUUAACUCGAUGUACGGCGGUAACGGGCAGUUUGCGGCACCGUGCACCCCGAGCCCACCACGAGGACCAGGAGUACCAACGAGCGUGAUUCAGGCGGCGACCAGCUCCGUCUCGGACGACCUGUACCUCCUGGAGCUCGGGUUCCCUCCACGCGCCAAGAAGAACAAGCUCAAGAAAGCCCGACAAGGAGACGGCACCACCGUAAAGAGAAAAUCCCGAGAAGGCUCAACGACUUAUCUAUGGGAGUUCCUUUUGAAGCUGCUCCAGGACCGAGAAUACUGCCCGCGGUACAUCAAGUGGACGAAUCGCGAGCGAGGUGUCUUCAAGCUGGUCGACAGCAAAGCCGUUUCCCGGCUCUGGGGCCUCCACAAGAACAAACCGGACAUGAAUUACGAGACAAUGGGCCGCGCUUUGCGAUAUUACUACCAACGGGGAAUCCUCGCGAAGGUCGACGGGCAGAGGCUUGUUUACCAGUUUGUCGACGUACCAAAAGACAUCAUCGAGAUCGACUGCACAGGAGCGUGAAACAAGGCUUUCUUUCAUUUGAUUAAUUAAUUAAUUAAUUGAUUAAUUAAUUAACAAUAAAGUAGUCGAUAAUCCUCGGAUUUUAUUAUUAUUUUUAUUAAUUUUUUAUAAAUUUCAAUGUUGAGCUCUUCCUGCCAAAUAAUGUCUACUUAGUGACAUCUUACUAAAAUGUACCCUCUCUGACUCCGUUAUUAUUAAUAUUAUUGUUAAUUUAAAUAUUAAAAAAUUUGACGAUUAAUUAUUGAUACUUUCACAAGCUAGAUUUAAAA